UUGACCACUUUAUUAAAAUAAUCUAAUAUGGAAAACCAUUCAUGUCUGUGACUAACUGAUGAGAUAAAAUGGCAGUGCAUAUCAUUUAAAUUGUAUAGAUAAUGAGGAAAAAGACAUUUAAUUAAAAAAACCCAUCUAGUACUAUUUUAAAACAAAUAUAUAACAGUGCACCUAUGGGCAAAAGCUAACCAUGAUGUCAUGCUAUUGCUCGCCAAGGCAAAACCCCUCACCAAUCUGCUGCUGCUCUAGGCCCCCUAAGCCCCAUCAGUGCUUCUGUGGGGGAAGUUCCCCAAUCAAAAAUUUAGUUACAUGUCAAAAUUUCACACCAGACUGCCCAUGCAGUACAUAUGUGUGUCGCCCUAGACAGCCUCCACUAAAAACAAUGCAGAAAGCUCUUGUGGAAAAGUGGAUGGAUGUAGAAAAAAUGGGGCAACUUGCACAUAUGUAUUGGUGCCAACAUAGAGCAUUGCAACAACAACUGGCGUGUCUCCAGGCAAAGUUCUGCAGUUUACAAAAAUGGAGAUAUUCAGAAGUGGAACCCUUAGAUCAUUGUAGAUGCAGAUCAGAAAAUCCAUCUGUCUACCAAGGAGUGCUGAGAAUUAAAGACAAAAAUGAAACUCAAAACCAAUUGUGUGUCUGCAAUAACCAGCAGAGCAUGACAACAUACAGAGGGGAAGUAAGGGUUCAUGACCAGGGUGAGGAUGUUAAUCCCCCCUGUAGGCCAGCACCUUGCAUCGACUACAACUUCUUGGAAACUGAAAGACUACGGAUUCAAUGUCAAAUGCAAGAGUUGAAUAACAGACUAAAUGAAGUUAAAAAGUGUGAAGAGCAAACACAUGAGAGAUUGCAAAGACUGCGUGAAGAGCUGGAAUACCUCGAAACUAAAAUUAAAUCAAACUGGGGUCAAAACGCAGUUGACAAAUGCACACCUGCUAAGGAGAACCAAACUCGAUUUUUUUGAUAAAACACAUACCUUCUUUGGUUGUCAGUCUGCUGACAUCUGCAUCAUUUACUCGUAAUAUAAUGUCACCAGCUUCAACCUGCAAAUAAAAUAGUAUCAAUUACAUAAA